GCCAGAGAGGGCUAGCUGGAGAGAGACAAGAACCAAAAGCACAGCCUUCCUGUGUGAUUUCUACAGCCCCCAGAGCACCAUGGACCCAGGGAAACCCAGGAAAAACGUGCUGGUGGUGGCUCUCCUUGUCAUUUUCCAGGUGUGCUUCUGCCAAGAUGAGGUCACCGAUGACUACAUCGGCGAGAAUACCACGGUGGACUACACCCUGUACGAGUCGGUGUGCUUCAAGAAGGAUGUGCGGAACUUUAAGGCCUGGUUCCUGCCUCUCAUGUAUUCUGUCAUCUGCUUCGUGGGCCUGCUCGGCAACGGGCUGGUGAUACUGACGUACAUCUAUUUCAAGAGGCUCAAGACCAUGACGGAUACCUACCUGCUCAACCUGGCCGUGGCAGACAUCCUUUUCCUCCUAAUUCUUCCCUUCUGGGCCUACAGCGAAGCCAAGUCCUGGAUCUUUGGCGUCUACCUGUGUAAGGGCAUCUUUGGCAUCUAUAAGUUAAGCUUCUUCAGCGGGAUGCUGCUGCUCCUAUGCAUCAGCAUUGACCGCUACGUAGCCAUCGUCCAGGCCGUGUCGGCUCAUCGCCACCGCGCCCGCGUGCUUCUCAUCAGCAAGCUGUCCUGUGUGGGCAUCUGGAUGCUGGCCCUCUUCCUCUCCAUCCCGGAGCUGCUCUACAGCGGCCUCCAGAAGAACAGCGGCGAGGACACGCUGAGAUGCUCACUGGUCAGUGCCCAAGUGGAGGCCUUGAUCACCAUCCAAGUGGCCCAGAUGGUUUUUGGGUUCCUAGUGCCUAUGCUGGCUAUGAGUUUCUGCUACCUCAUUAUCAUCCGUACCUUGCUCCAGGCACGCAACUUUGAGCGGAACAAGGCCAUCAAGGUGAUCAUUGCCGUGGUGGUAGUCUUCAUAGUCUUCCAGCUGCCCUACAAUGGGGUGGUCCUGGCUCAGACGGUGGCCAACUUCAACAUCACCAAUAGCAGCUGCGAAACCAGCAAGCAGCUCAACAUUGCCUAUGACGUCACCUACAGCCUGGCCUCCGUCCGCUGCUGCGUCAACCCUUUCUUGUAUGCCUUCAUCGGCGUCAAGUUCCGCAGCGACCUCUUCAAGCUCUUCAAGGACUUGGGCUGCCUCAGCCAGGAACGGCUCCGGCACUGGUCUUCCUGCCGGCAUGUACGGAACGCGUCGGUGAGCAUGGAGGCGGAGACCACCACAACCUUCUCCCCGUAGGGGGCUCCCCUGCCCGGACUACAAGGACCUCUCCCAGGAGCCUUAAUGUGGUGCACACAUGCACAGACUCUCCAUCCACCGAAUUGCUGCUGAGGGAAGAGCAAUUCUGGCCAGUCAGGUUGACAUGAGGACCUAAGAAACUGCUUAACCCCAUCCCACUUAUAACUACCUCAACCAAAGCUGUAAAAGAUAUGGCUGAGAAGUUAACACUCAAGCCAAGACAGCUAUCCCCAAAACGACAGCCAAAAGUGAAAGUGAGAGGCUGCCACACUUUCCGGAGUGAGGGAUGUGGGGCCAGUGAACACCCUGGUUGAGUAGUCUUCGGAGGCCUCUGAAUGAACCUGCUUCUAGCUUAGAGAGAUGUCCCGGAGAUUCAAGGACAGAGCUUAUCUCCACACUUAGCAAGCAAGCAAGAGAUGACAGUCUCUCUAAAUGCUCCCACAGAGCACCCCUGCCCCUCCCUUCUGCCUCUCCACCGCCUUUCCUGAGGUCCAGGCCACACCAUCAGCCUGAAGGCAGUCCCAGCUGGGGCUCUGGAUGGCAAUGACAAGUAGUUGGGUCUCUAUGAUGGGAAUAAAAAGGUAGGGGAAAGGUGACAGAAAGGAGAGAAGGUGACCCUGCUGGCUGACAGAGGCCAGCAAGCUACUUCUUUGUUCUCUGUCAGCCACUGAUACCUUUCCUCAUGUUCUGCUUUUGAUUCAUAUAUCUUUUAUGAAGAAACAAAUAAAAAAAAAAUUUUCCCUCGAGGAAACAACUUGG